UUCCAAUUUUUCGAAUUUGCAAACAAAAUUUCUUGCACGAACUGAAUCCGAAUUUUGCCGAUCACUUGGUGAGGAGAAACCGUUAAGAAAGACGAUUGCUUUUUGGAGGGUUUUGUUGGAAAAAUCUUUGAGUUUUUGUGAAAGUUUAAGGAAAUCGAGGAAAUCACUUAAAAAAAUGGAUAACGCGUCUUAUUCGUGGAGUCUUUUGGAUUUGCCUGUAGCUGAUAUUCUGGUGGAUCACGUUGCGCCAUAUCUAACAUGGAAAGAUCUUACGAAAUUCCGCACUUGUUCCCGGAAAUGCAAGGAGUUGGCGGAUCAAAUGUUUGCCGGAAUCAGGGAGCUUGUGUUGGACUAUGGUUAUAAAGGACCUAUUCCCCUGAUUCUUCAGACUUGCAGGCAGCUCCGAAUAAUUUUUUUGGGUUAUGUUACUCUUAGAAAUGAUCAAGUACAUCAAUUGAUGAGCAAUAAUCGUCUUUUGGAUACUGUUAGUAUUAUAGAUUCGUGCAAGCGAAUAACUUCUCGAGGACUUGUUCCACUAGUUUCUUGCAACAAGAUCAAACAUUUGGCACUCGUUUCUAUGGAUAUUCACGAUGAGUUCUUGAUUGAGUUCGCUAACAACAACAAAAAGCUGAAAUCUGUGAAUUUUAGACGAUGCUAUAACUUCUCUGUGGAAGCACUUCAGCACUUUUUUCGCAAUGAACCGGAAUUGGAGGUGAUCAACUUGUCUUGCAGUUAUUUUGAUAUCUCACCGAUUUUGACAACGAUCUCCCAAACUUGCUUCAAUCUCCAGCGUGUGAAAGUCUAUGGCUCAAUUAUUCGAGAUAGGAAUGUCCUAAAGAAUUUUACUAAAAAUCGACGCAGGGUAGAAUUCUACAUUAAAUGUUACGAUAGUGACAGCGAAAUGUUGGAAAAAGAGCGUGGGAUCUCUCUUAGCUACGCAAGAAAUCUCUGGGAGUUUAAUGUACAGAUCUCAUCGAUCAGGAUUUGAGAUUUUAUUUGAUGAUCCUGGAAAAUCCGCAAUGAUUGCAGGAGCUGAAAACACAAGGAAGUUAAUUUAGUUUUAUUUUCUUUAAUUUGAAACACAUGCCAAUGAAGUAUUUAAUAGAACAAAUGAAUUAAUUACCCUGUAAAAAUUUUAUCCAUGGGGGAGACACUAUGGGAAACUCUCCGGGGGUAAAAUAAAAGGAAAUAGCUGGAAA